CCUUCGACAUUCCGGAAGCACUCUGCUACACACAUGGAGCGACCCUGCUGCUUUUUCCCAGCGUGCCCCCUUCAGUGCCUGUAAAGUACAAGCUCCAGGUUGAAGAAGCUUCUAGAUGGAUCCUUUCCAAAUUUGGUGUCUUUUCUACAAACUCUGUGCCUCAACCUCAAUUUCUAAGUGAGACGAAGCCACUUAUUUGAAUCUGGGCAAUUAGCCUCUAAAUGCUUAAUUCUUCAAACUGCUCACGCGUCCUGCAUGGUUAGAUGCUCCAUGUCACCACCAAGAACUUAGUUGGGACUGGCACUACGCUUCAGCACCAGUCAGCAAAGUGAAUAAGUUCUGUGCCGCUUCCAGCUUCCAUUCCAGUUCGGGAAGAAAGAGCACCAUCAUGUCAAGCAUCACGAUUGACCCCGAUGUCAAGCCUGGUGAAUAUGUCAUCAAGAGUCUCUUUGCAGAAUUUGCUGUUCAAGCUGAAAAGAAAAUUGAAGUUGUAAUGGCUGAACCCUUGGAAAAGCUGUUAUCCAGAUCUCUUCAGAGGGGUGAAGAUCUGCAGUUUGACCAGUUGGUAAGCUCCAUGAGCUCCGUAGCAGAGCACUGUCUCCCGUCCUUACUCCGAACCUUGUUUGACUGGUACCGACGCCAGAACGGAACCGACGAUGAAUCCUACGGCUACAGGCCGAGGUCGAGCACAAAGUCUAAGGGAGAUGAGCAGCACCGUGAGAGAGAUUACCUCCUGGAGCGGCGAGAUUUAGCUGUAGACUUCAUUUUCUGUUUAGUUUUGGUAGAAGUUCUAAAGCAGAUUCCUGUUCACCCUGUGCCCGACCCCUUAGUUCAUGAGGUUCUAAACCUAGCUUUUAAGCACUUUAAACACAAGGAAGGAUAUUCAGGGACCAACACGGGGAAUGUGCACAUCAUUGCGGACUUAUACGCCGAGGUGAUUGGUGUCCUUGCCCAGUCAAAGUUCCAGGCUGUAAGGAAGAAGUUCGUGACCGAGCUGAAAGAGCUGCGGCAGAAGGAGCAGAGCCCACACGUGGUCCAGAGCGUCAUCAGCUUGAUCAUGGGGAUGAAGUUCUUCCGAGUGAAGAUGUAUCCCGUGGAAGAUUUUGAAGCGUCCUUUCAGUUCAUGCAGGAAUGCGCUCAGUAUUUCUUAGAAGUAAAAGAUAAGGAUAUAAAACAUGCACUUGCUGGUUUAUUUGUGGAGAUUCUUAUCCCCGUAGCCGCUGCUGUUAAAAAUGAAGUCAAUGUCCCCUGUUUGAAAAAUUUUGUGGAGAUGCUGUAUCAGACUACAUUUGAACUAAGUUCCAGAAAGAAGCAUUCACUGGCUUUGUAUCCACUAAUUACCUGUCUUUUAUGUGUCAGUCAGAAACAGUUUUUUUUAAAUAACUGGCAUAUUUUCCUACAAAACUGUUUGUCACAUUUAAAGAAUAAAGACCCUAAAAUGUCUCGAGUUGCACUGGAGUCUUUGUAUAGACUGCUGUGGGUUUAUGUAAUUAGAAUAAAAUGUGAGAGCAAUACUGUAACGCAAAGUCGCCUGAUGAGCAUAGUGUCAGCUCUUUUCCCGAAAGGCUCCCGCAGUGUGGUCCCCCGUGACACCCCUCUCAAUAUAUUUGUGAAGAUCAUCCAGUUCAUUGCUCAGGAACGUUUGGAUUUUGCAAUGAAAGAAAUAAUAUUUGAUCUUCUCAGUGUUGGAAAGUCUACUAAAACUUUCACCAUCAAUCCAGAGAGGAUGAACAUUGGCCUCCGAGUCUUCCUCGUCAUUGCGGACAGUCUACAGCAGAAGGAUGGGGACCCUCCCAUGCCCACCACAGGAGUCAUUCUUCCCUCAGGAAACACUCUUCGUGUAAAGAAGAUUUUUCUCAAUAAAACCUUGACAGAUGAAGAGGCAAAAGUCAUAGGAAUGUCCGUUUACUAUCCUCAAGUAAGAAAAGCAUUAGACAGCAUUCUACGGCAUUUGGACAAAGAAGUUGGGAGACCAAUGUGUAUGACCAGUGUGCAGAUGUCCAACAAGGAGCCUGAAGACAUGAUUACGGGGGAAAGAAAACCCAAGAUCGAUUUGUUUAGAACUUGCAUCGCUGCAAUUCCAAGGCUAAUUCCUGAUGGUAUGAGCAGAACUGACCUCAUUGAGCUGUUAGCAAGGCUCACAAUCCAUAUGGAUGAAGAACUGCGGGCGCUGGCUUUCAAUACCCUGCAGGCCCUGAUGCUUGAUUUUCCGGAUUGGCGGGAGGAUGUUCUUUCAGGAUUUGUAUAUUUUAUUGUUCGUGAAGUGACUGAUGUCCACCCUACCCUUCUUGAUAACGCUGUAAAGAUGUUGGUACAAUUAAUAAAUCAGUGGAAACAGGCAGCUCAGAUGUACAACAGGACCCAGGACUCCCAGCACGGCAUCACCAAUGGAGGUCCUCACCCCCCUCUGGAAAGGAACCCAUAUUCCACCGUGUUCCACGUGGUCGAAGGCUUUGCGUUGGUCAUCCUCUGUAGCAGCCGUCCUGCCACCAGAAGACUGGCUGUCAGUGUCCUCAGAGAGAUACGGGCUUUAUUUGCACUUUUGGAGGUACCUAAGGGUGAUGAUGAGUUAGCCAUAGACGUGAUGGACAGGCUGAGCCCAUCCAUUCUGGAGAGCUUCAUCCACCUCACAGGAGCUGAUCAGACUACUUUGCUGUAUUGCCCUAGCUCCGUAGAUCUGCAGACAUUAGCAGAUUGGAACUCUUCUCCCAUCAGCCACCAGUUUGAUGUGAUCAGCCCCUCACACAUUUGGAUAUUUGCACACGUGACCCAAGGCCAAGACCCAUGGAUUAUAAGUCUCUCCAGUUUUCUAAAGCAAGAAAAUCUUCCUAAACACUGCUCCACAGCUGUGAGCUACGCCUGGAUGUUCGCGUACACCAGGCUGCAGCUGUUGUCCCCCCAGGUUGACAUAAAUAGCCCCAUCAAUGCUAAGAAAGUAAACACCACCACGAGCAGCGACUCGUACAUUGGUUUGUGGAGAAACUACCUGAUCCUCUGCUGCAGCGCAGCCACCUCCCCGUCCCCGUCAGCACCUGCAGGCUCCGUGAGGUGCUCUCCUCCCGAGACGCUGGCGUCCACCCCUGACAGUGGCUACAGCAUCGACUCCAAGAUUGUUGGCAUCCCGUCCCCUUCCUCCCUGUUUAAGCACAUAGUCCCAAUGAUGCGCUCUGAGAGCAUGGAGGUCACGGAGUCCCUCGUUCUUGGUCUCGGCAGGACCAGCCCGGGAGCCUUUAGAGAAUUAAUAGAGGAGUUGCAUCCCAUAAUUAAAGAAGCACUUGAAAGAAGGCCAGAGAAUAUGAAACGGCGCAGGCGUCGAGACAUUCUACGAGUACAACUGGUACGGAUAUUUGAACUGUUGGCGGAUGCUGGUGUCAUUAGCCACAGUGCAAGUGGCGGCCUUGAUAAUGAAACUCACUUCCUCAACAACACUCUCUUGGAGUAUGUGGAUUUAACGCGACAACUUCUGGAAGCAGAAAACGAAAAGGACUCUGACACACUGAAGGAUAUCCGAUGCCAUUUUAGUGCCUUAGUGGCGAAUAUCAUUCAGAAUGUUCCGGUGCACCAGAGAAGAAGUAUCUUUCCUCAACAAAGCCUUCGUCACAGUCUGUUCAUGCUGUUCAGCCACUGGGCGGGGCCCUUCAGCAUCAUGUUUACGCCCUUGGACAGAUACAGUGAUAGGAAUAUGCAAAUCAACCGGCAUCAGUACUGUGCACUAAAGGCUAUGUCUGCUGUACUGUGUUGUGGCCCUGUUGCAGAUAAUGUGGGACUGUCAUCAGAUGGCUAUUUGUACAAAUGGCUGGAUAACAUUUUGGACUCUCUGGAUAAAAAGGUUCACCAGUUGGGCUGUGAAGCAGUCACCUUGCUGCUGGAGCUGAACCCUGAUCAGAGCAGCCUGAUGUACUGGGCUGUGGACCGAUGCUACACUGGCUCCCGGCGGGUAGCAGCCGGCUGCUUCAGAGCCAUCGCCAACGUGUUCCAGAACAGGGAUUAUCAGUGCGACACCGUGAUGCUCCUAAAUCUGAUACUGUUUAAAGCAGCUGACUCUUCUAGAAGUAUCUAUGAAGUUGCUAUGCAACUCUUACAGAUCCUGGAACCGAAGAUGUUUCGCUAUGCUCACAAACUGGAGGUUCAGAGAACGGAUGGAGUCCUCAGCCAGCUGUCCCCGCUGCCACAUCUGUAUUCCGUUUCUUAUUACCAGUUGUCUGAGGAACUAGCCAGGGCAUAUCCAGAGCUCACUCUUGCCAUAUUCUCAGAGAUCAGCCAGCGGAUCCAGACGGCUCACCCCGCGGGGCGGCAGGCCAUGCUUCAUUAUCUACUGCCCUGGAUGAACAACAUCGAGCUGGUGGAUCUCAAACCUCUGCCCUCAGGGAGGCGGCAGGAUGAAGAUGAAGACGACUCCCUGAAAGACAGAGAGCUCAUGGUGACCAGCAGGCGCUGGCUAAGAGGAGAAGGCUGGGGGUCCCCACAGGCCACUGCCAUGGUGUUGAACAAUCUCAUGUACAUGACAGCAAAGUACGGCGAUGAGCUGGCCUGGUCGGAGGUAGAGAACGUGUGGACCACCCUUGCAGACGGCUGGCCAAAGAACCUGAAAAUUAUCUUGCACUUUUUGAUCAGCAUCUGCGGGGUGAAUAGUGAACCAAGCCUCUUGCCUUACGUGAAGAAAGUCAUUGUUUAUCUGGGUCGAGACAAAACCAUGCAGCUGCUGGAAGAGCUGGUGAGCGAGCUGCAGCUCACAGACCCCGUCAGCUCGGGCGUCACGCACAUGGAUAACCCACCCUACUACCGCAUCACUUCCAGCUGCAAAAUCCCUUCAGUCACCUCAGGAACUACUUCCAGUAGCAAUACAAUGGUAGCUCCCACAGACGGCAACCCUGACAGCAAGGCCCUAAAGGAGAAUUUCGAAGAGAGCUACGUGCACCUGGAUAUCUACAGUGGACUGAACAGUCAUUUAAACCGGCAACAUCACAGACUGGAGUCUCGAUACAGUAGCAGCUCCGGAGGGUCUUACGAAGAGGAAAAAAGUGACUCAAUGCCACUUUAUUCUAAUUGGCGCCUGAAAGUGAUGGAGCAUAACCAAGGAGAGCCACUGCCCUUCCCGCCAGCUGGAGGCUGCUGGUCACCACUGGUGGAUUACGUGCCUGAAACAGCAUCUCCUGGACUGCCUCUUCACAGGUGUAACAUAGCUGUGAUCCUGCUGACAGACCUGAUCAUUGACCACAGCGUGAAGGUGGAGUGGGGAAGCUACCUCCACCUUCUUCUUCAUGCAAUUUUUCUAGGGUUUGACCACUGCCACCCUGAGGUGUACGAACAUUGCAAACGCCUGCUUCUGCACUUACUAAUAGUGAUGGGACCCAGCAGCAACCUCCGGACUGUCGCCUCUGUCCUCCUCAGGAACAAGGAGUUCAAUGAGCCCAGGGUGUUGACAGUCAAGCAGACUGCACACUCGGAUUACACGUUCACAGCAGGCAUUAAUGAUUUUACACCCGAUUACCAGCCGUCCCCUAUGACCGACUCAGGGCUUAGCUCCAGUUCUACCUCCUCUAGUAUCAGCUUAGGAAACAACAGCGCUGCCAUUUCACAGCUCCACGCCACCCUCCUCGGGGAGGUGGACCUCUCAGUGGAGCAGGAUGGAAAAGUCAAAACCCUCAUGGAGUUCAUUACCUCAAGAAAGCGAGGGCCCCUUUGGAACCAUGAGGACGUUUCUUCCAAGAACCCCAGCAUCAAGAGUGCUGACCAGCUCACCACGUUCCUGAAGCACGUGGUUUCUGUCUUUAAGCAGUCAAAUGCAGAAGGAAUACACUUGGAACGUCAUCUCAGCGAGGUUGCUCUGCAGACGGCCCUUUCGUGUUCUUCUCGACACUAUGCUGGGAGAUCCUUCCAGAUUUUCAGGGCACUGAAGCAGCCCCUGUCUGCAAACACACUCUCUGAUGUCCUCUCCAGGCUCGUGGAGACUGUAGGGGACCCAGGGGAGGACGCACAGGGAUUUGUGAUUGAACUGCUUCUCACCUUGGAAUCUGCAAUUGAUACCUUGGCUGAAACCAUGAAGCACUAUGACCUACUAUCUGCCCUCUCUCAAACCUCAUACCCCGAUUCUGUAAUGGGAAACAAGUAUGCAGCUAACAGAAAAAGCACUGGCCAGCUCAACCUAAGCACAGGCCCCAUUAACAGCGGCAGUCAUUUGGGGUGCAGCGGUGACACGAGAAGUAACUCUUUGAGGUUAAGUCCAGUUGGUGACCGCAGAGGCGACCGGCGGCGGAGUAACACGCUGGACAUGACGGAUGGACGGAUAAACCAUGGCGGUAGCUUGGCGAGGACUCGAAGCCUGUCCUCACUGAGAGAGAAAGGCGUGUAUGACACGCAGCCCCCGACAGAGCCGAGCAACCUGAUGGCCACCAUCUUUUGGAUAGCAGCAUCUCUGUUAGAAUCCGAUUAUGAAUACGAAUACCUCCUGGCUCUCAGGCUUCUCAGCAAACUGCUCACCCACUUGCCUCUGGAUAAGUCAGAGAGCCGGGAGAAGAUUGAGACCGUACAGAGCAAGUUGAAAUGGAGUAACUUUCCAGGCCUUCAGCAGCUCUUCCUUAAGGGCUUUACCUCAGUGUCUACCCAAGAGAUGACCGUGCACCUCCUCAGUCAGCUCAUUUCCGUCUCCAAACACACACUGGUGGAUCCGUCCCAGCUGUCAGGCUUUCCUCUUAACAUCCUUUGCUUAUUGCCUCACCUAAUCCAGCAUUUUGACAGCCCAACCCAGUUUUGCAAAGAGACAGCUAGUCGGAUAGCAAAGGUCUGUGCGGAAGAGAAGUGCCCGACGCUGGUGAACCUAGCUCACAUGAUGAGUCUGUACAGCACACACACCUACUCCAGAGACUGUUCCAACUGGAUCAACGUGGUGUGCCGGUACCUGCAUGACUCUUUCUCAGAGGCGACCUUCAGUCUUGUGACUUACCUGGCAGAGCUGUUAGAGAAGGGACUGUCCAGCAUGCAGCAGUCGCUGCUACAGAUCAUCCACAGUCUGCUGAGCCACGUUGACUUGUCUGCAGCCCCCGCCAAGCAGUUUAAUCUGGAGAUCAUAAAGAUUAUUGGCAAAUACGUACAGAGCCCGUACUGGAAGGAAGCCCUCAACAUCCUGAAGCUGGUGGUGUCCCGCUCUGCAAGUCUUGUCGUCCCCAAUGACAUCCCCAAGGCUUACGGAGUAGAUGUAGGCUCUCCCGAAAUCUCCUUCGCUAAAAUCUUCAAUAACGUCUCAAAGGAGCUGCCCGGCAAGACCUUAGAUUUUCACUUUGACAUCUCCGAGACACCCAUCAUUGGGAACAAGUACGGAGGCCAGCACAGUGCCGCGGGAAGGAAUGGGAAAGCAAAGGUGAUCGCAGUCACCAGGAGCACGUCCUCCACCUCCUCCGGCUCCACGUCCAAUGCCCUGGUUCCUGUCAGCUGGAAAAGGCCACAGCUAUCGCAGCGGAGAACAAGGGAGAAGCUGAUGAGCGUGCUUUCCCUCUGUGGCCCAGAAUCUGGCCUCCCCAAGAACCCCUCUGUUGUGUUUUCUUCAAAUGAGGAUUUGGAAGUCGGGGACCAACAGGCCAGCUUGAUCUCUACCACCGAGGACAUAAUUCAAGAAGAAGAAGUUGUCGUCGAAGACAACAGCAGUGAGCAGCAGUUUGGCGUCUUUAAGGACUUCGACUUCUUGGAUGUUGAGUUGGAAGAUGCGGAGGGAGAAAGCAUGGACAACUUCAACUGGGGAGUCCGCCGGCGCUCACUGGACAGUAUCGACAAAGGAGACACACCAUCCCUCCAGGAGUACCCAUGUUCCAGCAGCACCCCCAGCCUGACCCUGACGAACCAGGAGGAUACCGAUGAGUCCUCGGAGGAAGAAGCUGCCCUCACGGCAAGCCAGAUCCUGUCACGCACACAGAUGCUCAACAGUGACUGUGUGGCGGACGACUUGAUGCACGAGCACCAGGACCUGCUCCAGUCUCAGGAUUCUGCCAGCAGCAACACAACGGAAGACGUGCUGCACAUCAGAGACGAGACCCCCAGUUUGGAGGCCUGUCUAGACAAUGCUAGCAGCCAGCUGCCUGAGGAUACAAGUUCAGUAUUAAAGGAGGAACAUGUUACAGCCUUUGAAGAUGAAGGGUCAUACAUUAUUCAAGACCAACAGGACCCACUAGUAUGUCGAGGAAUUCUUGAUUUAGAAGAAACUGACAUGCCAGAGCCUCUGGCCCCUGAAAGCUACCCAGAAUCCAUCUGUGAAGAGGACGUCACCUUGGCUUUGAAAGAGUUAGAUGAACGGUGUGAGGAGGAAGAGGCGGAUUUCUCUGGGUUGUCCAGUCAAGAGGAAGAUGAACAAGACGGUUUUGCAGAAGUGCAGACCUCACCUCUCCCGACGCCCUUUCUGUCCGCCAUAAUAGCAGCUUUCCAGCCUAUGGCUUAUGAGGACGAGGAGGAAGCGUGGCGCUGUCACGUCAAUCAGACGCUGUCGGACACAGACGGCUCCUGUGCGGUGUUUACGUUCCAUGUGUUUUCAAGACUGUUUCAGACAAUUCAAAGGAAGUUUGGAGAGAUAACUAACGAGGCCGUGGGCUUUCUUGGUGAGAGUCUGCAGCGUAUUGGUACCAAGUUUAAAAGCUCAUUGGAAGUAAUGAUGACAUGUUCUGAAUGCCCCACUGUGUUUGUGGAUGCCGAAACGCUGAUGGCGUGCGGUUUGCUGGAAACACUCAAGUUUGGUGUCUUGGAGCUGCAGGAACAUCUGGAUACUUAUACCACCAAGAGAGAAGCAGCCGAGCAGUGGCUGGACAACUGCAAGAGGACAUUUGGUGCCAACGAAGACAUAUACAGGAUAAACACCAAUGCACACGAGCUGGAGCUCUGCAGGAGGUUGUACAGGCUGCACUUCCAGCUGCUGCUUCUAUUCCAGGCCUACUGCAAGCUCAUCAGCCAAGUAAAUACGAUCAAGAACGAAGCAGAGGUCAUCAACAUGUCAGAAGAACUUGCCCAGCUAGAAGGCAUCCUUAAGGAAGCUGAGGCCGCUUCAGAAAACGAAGAAAUUGAUAUUUCCAAAGCCGCACAGACCACAAUAGAAACUGCCAUUCAUUCUCUGAUCGAAACUUUGAAGAACAAGGAAUUUGUAUCAGCUGUAGCACAAGUCAAAGCUUUUAGAACCCUCUGGCCCAAUGACAUCUUCGGCAGCUGUGACGACGACCCCGUGCAGACACUCUUACACAUCUAUUUCCAUCACCAGACGCUAGGCCAGACGGGCAGCUUCGCGGUCAUCGGCUCAAACCUGGACAUGUCAGAAGCUAACUGCAAACUAAUGGAGCUUAACCUGGAGAUCAGAGAGUCUCUCCGCACGGUACAGUCCUACCCGCUCCUAGCACAGGCCAAACCCGUUGGAAAUAUGGCGAGCACUGGAUUCUGAGCAACUCCCGACCCUCAAGAGGGAGUAAGCUGAAGAUGAUGAAGACUUUUGGCCAAGCACCUUUGAUGAACCCUGUGCUUCACUGAGAACUUUGGGGUCAGCACUUUUAAUUUGUAGUCUACUAAUAACUUCAAACUGUCAAAAAAAAAAAAAAACCCCUGAAGAAAAAUAUCUAACCACUUAACUGCUGCCUAGACCUUCACAGCAACUGUAUGAAGAAGGAAUUUAUUAUUAUUAACCUAUGUGAAUAAGGGCUAAAAGCGAUGCGUACAAGCUACAUUACUCUGGAGAAAAAGAAAUUCCGCGGAUGUUUGCAAUAAUGGCCUCCAAAACAUUGCAGGGCAGGUGAAGGGAGGCUGGGAUGGGACCAAUUCCUUUUAGCUGAAGACCUUCACCUGCAGAGCCGCUUGGAUUUCUAGCCAUCAUCAACAUAAAUGUAAAGUUGACACUUGAAAAUCAACUUUACCACCCAGUCAGAUAACACAAACUUAUUUGCAAAAACCACUGGGUCUGGGGUUUUGUUUGUUUUUUCCAACUUACGGGAUAAGGGUUCGGGAUGUUUGGGUGUUUUGUGGUUUUUUUUUUUUUUUUUUUUUUUUGUCUGUAUAAGGAAUUAUGUGUGUGUGAGUUGGGGUGUGUGCGCGUGUGACAGUCCUAUUUUCAAGGCGUGGAUGUCUGGUGACAGCCUCUCGGAGCAUGCCUAAAGGAACACUGCAAGAUUAUUUUUGAAGAAAUUUUAUUUUAUUAGAUCUAACUCUUCAUAGUGUGUAAAUGUUAGAACACUUUAAUAAUAUUUUAAAACUGGGUUUCCCCCCAGUGUCUCAUAAAAAAAAAUAAUAUAUCUGUUAACGUUAUUGGACUCUGCUGCUCAGCUCUCUGAUCAGUGCUUGUGUUGAUAUUGUUGAUAACUAACCAAAGCAGAUGCCUGCAGAGACUUUAAAUUGUAAAAUAAAGAUGUCCGCUGCCCGCCAGCACCUCUCAUUACAGAAGUUAACUUAUUUCACUCGGUAACUAUUAUAGACACCGCCUAGACUAAAACCUGUACUUUCUUGUACAUCUGUGCCACGCACUGUUACAUCAGAGAACAUGUACAAAGCUAAAGGAAAAGUUGUGGUCACUGAUGGUGGACUGUGUGUUCUGCAGGCUCUGAAGGCUGCAGACGUUCAAGAGAAGAGAUGCAAAUGACUUGUGUGUUUAUGCGGGACUCAAGCUUGUUUCAGGCUAAAGGAACCUUGGGGCUACAGGGGGAAGAGACAGGAAGCCUGAAGACCGAGUCCCAAAACACACAAUAUACUUCUCCACUGUCUAAGUCUGUAGCUUAACACAAACUGGAUCCUGUCCCUUUGCUUUUUUUUAAAAUAGAAUUUUGUAAAGGAAAUGAAUGUAGCCCCCCCGACUCCUCUGAUUUGAAAGGAACACCUUGUAUUUUUAUAUGCAUCUCUUUUCCACUGUGACUUUUAUUUUCAAAAACUGGGCUCUGUGGCUCCAGAGUUUGGAAUGUAGAAAUGAAUUGCUUAGCUUUGCCUUUUCCUGGGGGCGUGGCCCCUGACAGAAAUGUAAUUAUGAUCAAGUGCAUUAUUCGAGGUCACUGUGCACGCCGUUGGACUGCUGACCGUAGUUAUGUUUCUGUAAAACUCUAUAACUGGUCACAGCACAUUCAUAAUCACUGUAUUUUUUGACCCAGAUAAAAAAAAUUAUUUUAAUGGUGUUCUGGUACUGUAAAUGGUGUCCUUAAAUUAUUAAUAACUCUUGGGCUGGGGGGGAGGUGCUAGGCACAGGGAUGGUGUCCGGAGACACACCACACUUCACAUCCCCUCUCCCCUUUUUCUCACCCUCCUUACAUCCUUUUUGUUAAAAAUAAAAAAGCAUUGUAGCUGUU